CAGCAUCCUAGUGGAGGAAACCAUUGAUUCCACUUUCAAAGAUCAGAUAAUUCUCCCCUCCCAAACACACAAAAUUUUAGUUAAUUUCAAGCCUCUCAAACUUUGCUGUUGUCCUUGCCCUAUUCUACUUUCUGCAGCUCUUCAUCAAUUAAACGCGCACACUCACAGAUAGACAGAGGCAUAGUAAUAGUAUGGCUAGCUGCAACAUGGCUUCUGCUGCCUCUGGGUUUUUGCUGACACACAGUGUAGCCACCAAUGCAAACUCAGCUUCGAGGAGCAACAUGGUGUUUUCCCCUUCAAAGAACACCAUCACCACCGCCGGCAACUCAAGGCUUGUUGUAAGAGCAGCUGAAGAGGGAGCUGCCACGCCUGUGACAACCGCUGCCCCAGCUGAAGGUGAAGCUCCCAAGCCCAAGCCACCUCCUAUUGGACCCAAGAGAGGCACUAAGGUGAAGAUUCUGAGGAGGGAAUCUUACUGGUACAACGGAAUUGGAUCUGUUGUAGCUGUUGACCAGGAUCCCAAGAGUCGUUACCCAGUUGUGGUUCGAUUCAACAAGGUUAAUUAUGCAAAUGUAUCCACAAACAACUACGCAUUGGAUGAGAUUGAAGAAGUUAAAUGAGGAAAUAAGUAGCUGUGUAAUUUAGUUGUUCACAUUAUUCUCGUCUCCUUAGCUUAAGCUCGUGUGUGUGCCUGCCAGGAAUUUGUAUUAUAUUCUUCUAGUGAAUUCUUCUUUCUUCUCCA